CCAGUCUUUGCUACAAUUUCUUGUCAUUCCUCAAAAAUUUUCGAAUAAAAUUGAUAUAAAUCUUUUGGAGAUAUAUGUAAAGACUAGACCAACAAAUCAUAAUAAUCUAUUUCAAAUGAAUGGUCAGGAUGGUUAUCAUAUGAAUUUAUUAGCUCAAAAUUAUGGAUUUGCCAUGCUCAGUCAUCCUCAUUUUGCAUAUACUGCAACCCCUAGUAUCCAUCAAUCACUUGAUGCAAGCCCUAACGAACAUGAGUAUCAAUCAUAUGAUGAAGGAUUAAGCAGUCAAGGACACAUUGAAAGUGGCCACAGACAAUAUGAGAUCAGAGAAGAUGAGGAUAACUUUGAUUUGUGUAAUGAUGCACAUGCUCAAAUUUGUGAUGAAAGUUCGGAGGAAGAUGAACCUUCAGAAGAUGAUGGAGAAAGUGAAACCUUAGAAAGUGAAUCUGAUGAAGAUACCAAUGAUAGUGAAGAUUUACCUCAAAAUGAUAUUGGUGUAAAUCUUCAUAAUCAAUUUGGUCAAAGUGUGUCUGAAAUGCAAAAUCAUGAUAUACCCUACUUUACAACAUUAGAGAAUGAAAAAGAUAUUUUUAUCUCUACUCGUGAAUCUGAGAUGAAUUGUUGUUCUGUUUGGUUUGACGAUGGCAAAAAAGAUUUAAAAAAAGGAAUGUGUUUUAGCAGCAAAGAUAGAUUGAAACGGGCUGUGACAAUUUGGAGUUUGCGCAAAAAUAAAGAAUUCAUAGUUGUAACAUCAAGAAAGAAACUAUGGAUUGUCAUAUACAGGUUUCACGAAUCAUUAGGUUGUCGAUGGUUUCUUCGAGGCCGAAAGGUUGGAGGUAGCCUUUGGAAGAUAGGAAAGUAUUUUGAUAAUCAUAGAUGUGAGACUGAAGGGCUUACUACAGGUCACGCUAACCUAGAUACCAAUUUAAUUGCAUCUUUGUUUCUAAAUCAAAUACGUAAAAAUUCAAAAUUGUUGGUAGUAGAUGUCAUUUCUAAGGUUCAUGAGAUAUUUGGUCAUCAAGUAACAUAUAGGAAAGCGUGGCUUGGACGUCAACGAGCAUUUAAAUUGGUGUAUGGUGAUUUUCAGAAAUCAUUUAGUGAGCUUCCUAAGUUUUUUGUAGCUUUUCAACACUUUAACCAUGGAACAAUUGUAGAAUGGAAACACGAAGAGUCAAUGAGUUCGUUAGAGGUAAAAACGUUUAAAUUUGUAUUUUGGGCUUUCAAGCCAUGCAUUGAUGGAUUCCGAACUUGUCGUCCAGUUAUUUCAGUAGAUGGAACCCAUUUGUAUGGUAAAUAUGAGAUAAAAUUAUUAAUUGCUGUUGGAAUUGAUGGAAAUGAUAACAUUCUUCCUCUAGCAUUUGCUAUUGUUGACAGGGAAUCGAAAGAGGCAUGGAAAUGGUUUUUUAGAAAACUAAGCGCACAUGUAAUAAAGGAUAGAGAAGAUGUAUGUAUUAUCUCUGAUAGGGCAAAAGGAAUCUUAGCUAGUUUAUCGGAGUUGUGGCAAUUCCAGGAGCCUCGGGCCUUUCAUCGAUUUUGCGUAAGACAUCUUAAGAGUAACGUUCAAUCUUAUUUUCCAAAUAGGAAUCUCAGUGAUCUAAUGUGGAAUGCUGCAUCGGCUCAUCAAGUAAGGAAGUUCGAAGAUUUGAUGUGGGAAAUCAGGAAAGAAAAUGAAGAAGCAUAUGAAUAUCUCAUGCAAUUUUCAUUGGACAAAUUGACGAUUAGCCAUGAUGAUGGAAAAAGAUGGGGAGUGUUGACAACAAAUCUUUCAGAGUCUUUCAAUGGUCUUCUAAAGAAAGCUCGAGGAUUGCCUGUCACUUCCAUGGUGAGACUUUCAUUGGAGCAAAUAGUUGAACGGUAUACGCGUAGAUCUCAAACAGCGCACCAACUUGUAGAGCAAAAGGAAUUCUGGACAAACAGGUUCAAAGUAAAGUGGGCAAAGAACUACGAAAGUUCAAAAAGACACUUUGUUUUUGAUUGGAAUAUAUCCACUGGGACAUAUGAGGUUAGAUCUAUUCAAGUUGAUGGUACUGGUGGUAAUCCUCAUUGUGUUUCACUAAAUGAUAAAAAAUGUGAUUGUGGAAAAUGGGCUAAUUUGCACUUUCCGUGUUCACAUGUCAUGAAGGUUACUGAAAGAAUGGGAGGGCUAGCUAGAAAUUUUGUUAGCGAGCAUUUCACAACAGAGAAUUAUGUUGCUACAUAUUUCGGGACAUUCUCACCGGUUGGGCACGAGGCAUAUUGGCCAUCUCCAAGUUUUAUAAUGAGAAGUAAUGAAUUCUAUCGUCGUCCUAAUCGACAAAGGACAACUAGAGUACCUAAUGAGAUGGAUCGUGGUCCUGCAGUAUAUGGGCGAGCUUGCGGGUUGUGUAGACAGACUGGAUACGAUAGGCGCCGAUGCCCAACUCGUAAUCAAACUUUAGUGGGUACUCUUAAAAUUUCUAACCGUUUUAAGUCUAAUGAAUUCUGUUUUGUGGAUUAUUUCUAAGUCUAAUAAUUGUUUCAUGAAUUAAUUGAGUAGAAAUCUUGU